GGAUCCGAUCCUGAGAAAACCAAGGUAGAGCGCAGAGACGGGAGCCGCUGUUUCCAAUUCACCAUCGCAGAAGAACCCAUUUCAUUUCGUUUGUUUUUUUCGUUACCAUUCUUAAUUUCCGCAAUGGCACCGGGAUACUGACAUUAAUGGCGAAUUCCCGAGCAAAGAAUCCGGUCACUGCCAUGUGUGAUACAUCUUUUUUGCGCCUUACAUCAGAGACCUUACCAGGCUUGUGCAUUUGAAAUAUAUAGGGCGCUUACAUGUACUGUGUACAUGUCUUCUCAUAGAAUGACUACAGUAGACAACGCUGAUGCCAAUGGAUAUACAGAGCGAUGAUGCGUGAUAAAGCGGAUUUAUUCCCGUCGAAGAUAAGAUGUGUAACGUUAUCGGUGUGACGUGGGAGAAAAUGUCUAUGGCUCCAGCCAGAAAAUGAAGAUGGGAAGAAGCGCCUUGUCCUGUAGCCCAGUAGCGAGAGCCAGUCGUUAUUUACACAUCUAAAUCAGCGCAGAAGAUAAUGAUACUGACGCUGUAUCUCAGGAUUAAACGGUACCACAAAACACAUCAGAAAUAGAGUAAUUGUGCUAUUAAACUCUGCUUGAUUUAGUCACCGUGUGAUGGGAAUAUACCGCUAAGGCUUGGCCUAGCUUUAUGGAAAACCCGAAGACAUGACAUGCACACGAAAAAAGAGGAAACGAUAUUUUUUGUUUUUUAAAACCCGUAUGUGUGUAAUAUUUCAGCUUCUGGCAUAAUAUUGUUUAAACCGUUCAGCAAAAUACUUCCCAGUGAAACAGAUUUUCUUUCUGUUUUUCAGACUUGACCAUCCCCUGUAUUAAUUAAUUAAUCAAUUGUUAUUAUUAUACUUUUUUUUAAUUCUCUGUUUUUCAUAAAGGACGUCGAGGUUCAUCUUGGAUUACAAUUUGGAUUCAUGUGCGAUUCCUUGAACGCGCUCCCGUUAAGGCCUACCACCGAGACAAGAUCCAUUGUCUGGAUGAAGAUCGAGAAUUAUAGGUGUGGAGGCCAGAAGAGGUGGCACAUUUGAAGGGAGGCUCCAAAGAGAACUGGACAAAAAUGGGGCAAUGCAGAUCAAGUUUCUCUCCUUCCAUUUGAGACACCAACGAAAGGCAACCACGAGGACGGACGACAGCUCAGCCGGAGGAGGCGGAGGUGGAGGAGGGAGUGGAGGAAGCGGGUGUAAAGGGGGCGUUGAAGGAGGAGGUGUGCGAUUUGAGCAGAAAAAGGUAUGGCCAACGGAAAUGCAAGCAGCGAUGGGCUUGGGAACCCCCUGGCGGCCGUGGUGUCCACUACAGGUGGCGUGAUGGGUGGAGCAUCUUCUUCGGCCGUGUCUACCUAUGUGAAACUUGUCCUUCUGGGGUUGAUCAUCUGCAUCAGCCUGGUGGGCAACUUAGUGGUAUCCCUGCUGGUGUUAAGGGACAGAGCCCUACAUAAGGCACCCUACUACUUUCUUCUGGACCUCUGUCUUGCUGACACCAUCCGCUCUGCAGUCUGCUUUCCCUUUGUCCUGGUGUCUAUCAAGAACGGCUCGGCCUGGACUUACAAUGUGCUCAGCUGCAAGGUGGUGGCCUUCAUGGCCGUCCUUUUUUGCUUCCAUGCUGCCUUCAUGCUGUUCUGCAUUAGUGUCACACGCUACAUGGCCAUCGCCCACCACCGCUUCUACUCCAAGCGAAUGACCUUCUGGACCUGUGUGGCAGUGGUAUGUAUGGUCUGGACGCUGUCAGUCGCCAUGGCGUUCCCACCCGUCUUUGACGUUGGCACCUACAAGUUUAUCCGUGAGGAGGACCAGUGCAUCUUUGAACAUCGCUACUUCAAGGCUAAUGACACUCUAGGCUUCAUGCUGAUGCUGGCCGUGCUAAUACUGGCUACACACGUGGUCUACAUGAAGCUCCUGCUGUUUGAAUACAAGCACCGAAAGAUGAAGCCGGUCCAGAUGGUUCCAGCCAUCAGCCAAAACUGGACAUUUCAUGGACCUGGAGCCACAGGACAGGCGGCCGCAAACUGGAUAGCAGGGUUCGGCCGUGGCCCAAUGCCUCCUACUUUAUUGGGCAUUAGGCAGAACUUGCACAACCAGAACAGACGCCUGUUAGGCAUGGAGGAGUUUAAGGCAGAGAAGCAGCUUGGCAGGAUGUUCUAUGUCAUCACCUUGUUUUUUCUGGUGCUCUGGUCCCCGUACAUUGUGGCCUGUUACUGGCGGGUCUUUGUGAAGGCGUGCACCAUCCCACACCGGUAUCUUUCCACCACCGUGUGGAUGAGUUUCGCCCAAGCGGGCGUGAACCCCAUCAUCUGCUUUUUCCUCAACAAGGACCUGAAAAAGGGCCUUCUGGCCCACCUGCCUCCCUGCUGUAGAACUCCACCUCAACUACCCCGUGAGCCUUACUGUGUCAUGUGAAGAUGAGUGUUUAUUCAUAAUGUUUUUUUGCUCUUUCUCUCUUCUGGAUGGUCAGAGAGUUGACAGCCAGGGGGAGGGAAAAAGAAGUCUUUAAAGAUGGAGACGUGGAUGAACUUUAAGAGCUGUUGUGGCCUUUGAUUCAGUAUUAAGAUGCUUUAAAAGGGUGGAUGUCAUGGAAUAAGCAUCUACUGUCACUUUAAUGAUUUUAAGGGGGAGAUAGGCUCUACUCUAAUACGUGGUUUGGUAAAUAAAUUCUGAACAGGUUUGAGGAACCGUAUGUUUUGCUUUAGGGUGGUACAAAUCAACCAAACUGGUCUAUUUUAUGGUGAAUGUAUGAAGGCUAUAUCAAAUGGCUUCUCAUGAUCGAUCUCAACAAACAUUACCAUUUGAUUUGGCUCAAAAUCUGUAUCCCUUUACCAGGAUCCUGAGGGCCUUGAAUUAAAGAUUUACAAAAAUAUUGUUCAUGCCUUGUGAACAGCUGCGCUCCUGGCAGAAUAAUUUAUAUUAUUUGAACUACUGAUUCAUAAAUACUCCACGUGCAUGUGUUUUACCUUAACUUUAAGGCAAAAAACUUGAGAUUAAACUACUUUUAAGAACGAGUGCCAAGCAUAAGCCUCUAGGACUGAAUGAGGCUGACAAAAAAAAAGGAAAAAAGGGAGGGAGUUUCUAAA